AUGACCUCCAUCGAGUUUCGCUCCGUCUGCAGCUUUUCUUCGCCGCUUUCCACGCAACGGUCCAGGCGCUCCUCAGCUGGAGCCACCUGCAGCUGCUGUUUGGUCGUCGCCCAGAGAGGUUUGCUCUUCGCAGGGCUCAGCGAUGGAAAGAUCCUGGCUUGGGAAAUCGAUCGAAACUGUGCCGACCGGAGGGCCAAAGAGAGCAAAGCUCGAGUCCUCGAAGAGCACAAGGGGGAUGUGCGCUGUCUUCUCUAUGUCGAGAGUCUCUGCCAGGGAGUGGUGAUCUCCGGCGCCGCCGAUCGAUGCAUCAAGAUGUGGGACCUUUCGGAUCCAAGGACGGGCAUUCAGUGUGUACAGAGCCUGUGCGGUCAUGGAGGAACCGUCAUCGCACUUGAGCAUGGUUCGGACCUUCUACUCAGUUCUUCCACUGAUGGGCUGCUCUUCGUUUGGCGUGAUGCGAGCCCUGCGCGGCUGCUUCGCUUCCCGGCCUAUGCUGUCCGCCAACGCCUGGAGCCGCAGCAGAGCCAAAGAGAGACCUGGUUCUUGUCACUUUCCAUGCGCGAAGGCGAGGCUCCUACGCUCUUUGCCGGCGAUUCCGAAGGAUAUGUCCACAUCUUCAAGCUGGAUCUGACACAGGACAAAGCCAGCGAGCAGCUUUUCUUGGCAGUUUGGAAGGCAAAGGUCCACGAGCUUGGAGUCUCGAAGAUCAUGGCUGUGCCGAUGGAAUCCUUUCUCUUCACCCUGUCCUAUGACCAGAAGCUGAAGGCCAUGGACAGCGUCUCUGGGCAGAUCCUCUUCGAAGAGUUGAACCAGUGCAACGUUAUUUUCCACAGCCUGGCUUGGGAUCCAACCAGUCAAGAUGUGAUUGUGUGCGACAGCAAGGGCAAUCUCGGCUUCUACAACCUCAUCCAGGAGUCCUGGGUUGCCUGGAAGAAGGUGAGCGAAGAUCCCAUCAUCGGCGUUCACCUUUUGCCCGCAAUUUCGCGCUUGGUUCUGCUGACACCCCACUCGAUUCAGGUGCUAGACAUCGUGCGAGGUGUAAAGUUCCAGGAGAUCAAGGAGCACACGGCACCCAUCGUAGCCAUCGCAUCUCGACCUACGAGCCAGGGUGGCGUUCUGUACACGGCAUCCAUGGACAAUACCAUCCGGAUGUGGGAUUCAGACGCUUGCCUUCUGAACCUGUGCCAUUGGCAGGACACGCUGGAGUGCAUCAAGUGCCUCAAGGAGCGGAAGCAGGAGAUUACGGCCAUGGUUUAUGUUCCCCGAGCCAAUGUCGUGAUCACCGGCCACGAGAACUCUGACUUGAAGAUGUGGUCCUUGGAUAGCCAUCAGGAAGCAUGCUUGAAAACGGUCACCGGGCAACCGGUGCACGAGAACACCAUCAGUGCCUUGAUUCUCGUGAACGUUCAAGCAGAGUCUGCUCACGAAGAUCCGACUGGAACUGGCUUCGAACUUGUGGUGGCGGGCUCCUACGACCGGCAGCUUUCCUUCUGGCGGGUGACGCUGACCAGCGACGGCACGGCCAUGGCCAAGUUCGAGCGCGUCUUCCUGGCCCACGAGGAUGCCACAGAUGAGAUCCUCGCUUUGGGACACAGCCCCUUUGGAUCGAUUUUCUCUGGCGGCAACGAGGGCAUCAUCAGGCAGUGGACCGUUUGGGGUGGCAAGGCAUCGGAGGCACAUUUCGGGCAAGAUUAA